AUGUUGAGAAGGAUAGAUAUAAAGAGACGUCAACGUGAGUGGAUGCAAUAUAUAAGAGGACUAGUUUUGACAUGGGAGAUAGUGGAACAAGAAAUGAAUGAAUUCCUUCUUGAGAAUUAUUCAAAUGAUUUAGUCAUGGAUAUUCAGAAUGUCUUGCUUGCGGAAAUUGCCGAGCCACCAUCAGAUUUCAUCUUGCCACUAUUGAGGUACCAAAAGGAGUGGCUGGCUUGGUCAUUACAGCAAGAAACUAUAUUCAAAGGGGGUAUUCUUGCUGAUGAAAUGGGUAUGGGGAAGACGGUUCAAGCCAUAGCACUUGUUCUUGCUCAACGCGAAUUAAAGAAAGCAACUAGUGGUUCCAGUAUAUUGUCGUCUUCACUCGGUACUUCCCAGGAGCUCCCAACAGUAAAAGGAACUCUUGUUGUGUGUCCUUUGAUUGGAGCUUUGCAAUGGAUUCGUGAGAUUGAACGUUGCACGAUUAAAGGAAGCAACAAAACUGUUCUUUAUCAUGGCGCCGAUAGGGAGAAAUGUAUGUACAAACUGGAGGAAUAUGAUUUUGUAAUUACUACAUACUCCACUAUCCAGGCUGACAGUGUUGGUGAAGAUGUGUCCAGGAGGAAGUCAGUUUUGCAUUCAACGAAGUGGGAUCGUAUCAUUUUGGAUGAGGCUCAUUGUAUCAAAUCUGUACACAGCAACUCUACAAAAGCGGUUCUUGCUUUAGAAUCUUUUUAUAAGUGGGCCUUAACUGGUACACCCCAGCAAAACCACAUUGGAGAAUUGUACUCAGUUGUUCGUUUCUUACAAGUUACCCCUUAUGUUUGUUACUUUUGCGAAGAUUGUAAUUGCACUGGACUUGAUUUUAGCUUCUCCGAUGCGUGCCCACAGUGCUCCCACCAACCUGCAAGCCACUUCCUCUGGUGGAAGAAAUAUAUUGAAGAACCUUUAUGGUCAUACGAUGAUGAAGGUAGAGAUGCGAUGGUGUGGUUGAAGCACAAAAUUCUGAAAAGCCUAUUGCUAAGACAUACCAAAAAAGAGAGAGCUGUUGAUCUUGCACUUCCCACAAAGACUGUUACAGUGAGAAAAGAUUCUUUGGAUGAUAGAGAAUACGACUACUACAAGACACUGUGCCGUGGAAGCCAAGCACAGCUCGAUAUAUUUGUCCAGGAUGGAAAUGUGAUUAAUAAGCAUGGUCACAUAUUUGCUAUGAUCACACACCUACGGCAGGCAGCUGAUCAUCCGUACCUUGUGAUGUACUCUAGAAAAGAGUUGGCUAGUGGCAAUAAAGAGGCUAGAGAUGUUGAACAAUCAUGUGACUGGUGUCAUGAUGCAGUGCAAGAUCUAGAAGUUACUUGUUGUAGGCACGUGUUUUGCAGGGCGUGUAUGAAUUAUUUAGCUGAAGGUGUAAUGGAAGCGCCAUGCCGUUCAUGUACCAAACCCCUCACAUUUGACUUCACUGGAAAUAAAGAUAAGGGAGAUUCUAGUUCUAAACCUACUGUCAAAGGGUUUAGGUCCUCAAGUGUAUUGAACAAAAUUCAGCUUGAUAAAUUCAAGACAAGCACUAAAAUAGAAGCUUUGAAGGAAGAAAUUAGCGACAUGUUUGAAACGGACGGUUCUGCAAAAGGAAUAGUUUUUAGCCAGUUCACAUCGUUUUUGGAUCUGAUAGAGUAUUCUCUUAAUCUGUGUGGCAUCAAUUGUGUUCAAUUAGUUGGAUCCAUGUCUAUUGCCGCAAGAGAUGCUGUACUUAAAAGAUUCACUGAGGAUGCAAAUUGCAAGAUAUUGCUUAUGAGCUUGGAGGCUGGAGGUGUUGCCCUCAAUCUUACAGUUGCAUCACAUGUUUUCUUAAUGGAUCCUUGGUGGAAUCCUGCAGUGGAGCAGCAAGCCCAAGAUAGAGUCCAUCGAAUAGGGCAAUAUAAACCGGUCAAGAUUGUGAGAUUUGUGAUUGAGAAUACAAUUGAAGAGAGAAUCUUAGAGUUACAAGAGAAGAAGAAAUUACUUUUUGAAGGGACAAUUGGUGGUUCUUCAGAGGCCUUAGGAAAGCUAACAAACGAGGACUUGAUGUCCCUGCUGUAUCAUCACUUUUGGCUGUAUGGAGUUUGA